AUGGCAGUAUACUCUGAUUGUCAGGCUAAGGGACGUCCAAUGGGUAAUCGGUUUUACCCGACGGAAAGAGAAGUGUUGGAGUAUUUACUAGGGUUUGUGAGAGACGAGCCUCUUCACGCACAGUAUGAAGUCACUGAUCUCUACGCCGACAAGUAGCCAUGGCAGAUAUUCGAAGCAUAUGAUCACGGGAAUAACAACAAUACUCGUUACUUCAUAACUCCACAAAAGAAAGAGAAGCCAACGUGGAAAAGAGUUUCAAGAACUGUUGGGAAGGGCACUUGGAAGCCUCAAAAUAAAGGCCGAGAUGUGUUUGAUUAUAAAGGGAGACUCAUGGGAUACGUGAAAAGUUUGAAGUAUAUCCCCACUAACAAAUCGUCAAACAACGUAAACGGCGAAUGGUUGAUGACUGAGUACUCUUUGUAUGAUCACUACCUGAAUGCUAGGGAGAUUAAGAACAAUGGUUUCGUAAUUUGUAAGAUCAAGAAGAAGGAAAAACCUGGUGACAAGAAAAAUGGAAAUAAUAAUAUUGAUGAGGUAGUUAAUGAUCGUGAUAAUAUGAGAGAUAUUGAAGAAUUUAUCAACAGCAUGUUGCAAGAAGAUGUUCAAGUUAAAGACAAUGGAAUAACGUCGAAUGGUAUAGCAAAGGAUGAUCAAGAGAAUAAUAUUAUCCAAUAUGUAGAGGGAGAUCAAGUUAGAGACCAUGUACUUGGUUUGUUGGAUUCCCCAGAGGAUAUUAAUAUGGAAUACCAAGUCAAAGACCAUCAACAUGCUACUUUGUGGACUUCCGCGGAUGAUGUCGAUCUGGAUACUAUCAAUUUCUAUUAG